AUGUCCAACGAAGGAGCAGAUGUUCAGAGCAGAAACUCAAAACCGAGGAAGAGACCCGCUCAGAGCUCUCUAUCGGGUUCUGGUUCCAGCGAUCCGCUCGCAGUGAAUCCAGUGCCAGAUGAACUGCGUCUGGUUCUGCUGGGAAGAACCGGUGCGGGGAAAAGUGCAACGGGAAACACCAUCCUGGGAGAAGAUCGAUUUGAUGCUGAAGUGAGCAUGAGUUCAGUCACUAAAGAGUGCAGGAGAGAACGUGGAACAGUGGAAGGACGAAAGCUCGUUCUUGUGGACACACCUGGGCUUUUUGACACCGAUCUGACAACUGAAGAACUGCGACAGGAGGUAAUACAUUGCCUGGCCUUGAGUUCUCCUGGUCCUCAUGCAUUUCUGCUCAUCAUACCGAUAGAUCGAUAUACAGAGGAGCAGCAGCGCACCGUAGAAAUGAUUCUGGAGAUGUUUUGUGAGGACAUCAGCCAUCACAGCAUCCUGAUAUUCUCACACGCCGACAGACUCAGAGGAGAAUCCAUUAGAGAGUUUAUUUCAAGACAAAAUCCAAAAGUUCAAGACCUCGUGGAGAGAUUUGAGAGGCGUUUCAUGGCCUUUGACAACACAAACCUUACAAACCGAGAACAAGUGAGUCGACUCCUGCAGAAAGUGGAUAAACUGCUGGCUGUGAAUGAGAACCGUCACUUCACUAAUGUAGUCACAGAGGCCAUGCAGAAAGCCCAGAAGAUAAUAGAAGAGAGAAUGCAAGCAGAAACGGCUGAAAGAACGAGGAAAAUAAAGCAGGAGGUCAAGAAAAUGGCUGAUGCUCGUUGGCGUGCGUUCACUUCUUACAUGAAUGAAGAGAAGCAAGAAACUGAACGAAGAAGGAAACGCAUUCAAGUCAGGAUUGAUCAGAUUAACACGGACAUAUUGAAAGAAGAUCAGAACGUGGAGCCGAUCCCAGCAAGACUGAGACGGUUCACAGAGUCUCUGCAGACGGAGCUGGAGAACAUGAGACGACUGGAGGAAAGAGAGAUGGAGGAGGAGAGAGAGAGAAAGAAGAGAGAAGAGAAAGAACAGAAGGACCUGGACAUCUGGAUCCAAGAAGAGGAGCAGAGGAGGCUGAGCGAAGGAGGACCGAAGAAUCUACUUUCUCCAGAUCAUAUUAAAAUGCUGACUUUGCUUUCCAUGUUUUUGCUGGGCGUUGGGGCAUCAUUUGCACCCGCUCUCUUACCAUUCCUGUUCCCUGCAGCUCCGGCGGUGGAAGCCGGGUUGGCAUCGUCGAUUUUGUCCAAAUUGUUAGCUGCAGAAGGAUGGGGUUUCGUUUGGGUGGUUGCUGGAGUCGCCAAAGCCGCAGUGUUGACCCGCUGCUCCAUCCAGUGACCCGUCCAUCAUUUAUAUAGCCCCAUUAACAACAGCAGCAGCUGACCAAUGUGCUUUACAACAGCAGAUAAAACUGAUUAAAAAAAAAAAUCACAGCUAAAAACAAAUUAUAUCAGCAUUAUAUCAGCAAAAUGAAAUUUACUGUGUGAGAAAAAUUCAAGUUUACAGAGUUUUAGUAUCAGUGCUACAUUAAACUACUAUAUAUAGACCUGGUUUCACAGACAGGGCUUAGACUAAGCCAGGAUU